UGGACGUACUGUUGAACCAAACGACAAACCAAGUCACGAGAGCGUGAGGGAGCUGUUCGACAACCUUAGCCUCGAAUCAUCUGAACAAACAAAUCCAAAUAUGGCUCUACCAACGGCUCGUGACACCCUCCGAACCUUAGCCCAACCGAUGAUCGGGCCAAUCACUUCAUGCAUUCGUUUGGGAGAAGCUACACAGAACUAUGAGCUCAAGAUGAUUCAUUAUAACCAGUUGCCGUCAUUACACGGUCUCCCCAAUAAAGAUCCGCUUAACUUUAUUCGAGAAUUCUACAAUGUCCUCCUGACCUUCCCUGUAAUAUCCCGUCAGUUUAUCAGUAUAAAUCAUGUUUUA